CACUUCUACUUUAAGACUUUGAAACACGCCCAUUGAGUCACUUAAAGGGAACUUUAUAGCUGCUGAGGCACUCAUCGCCUUCACAUCCUGAGAGAUAUUACGUCUGACAGAGAUGCCGGCAACUACUACACAUCAGAUCCCUGUUACAGGAACCUCUGGUCUGGAUUCAACAGCAGAUAACAGCUCAACCUUUUUGGACUCUGAGUUUCGCUAUGUCCUCUUCCCAGUCGUCUAUAGUAUCAUCUUCACCCUGGGCCUCUUUGCUAACAUCUAUGUGCUGUUUGUCCUUCGCUGCCUACGUGAUGCCAAGGCCAUGGGGGAAAUUCGAAUCUACAUGACAAACCUGACAAUCGCUGACCUCCUUUUUGUGUGUGCCCUUCCUCCUUGGAUUGGAUAUUAUGUUCGCCACGGUAACUGGGUGUACACAGACUUCAUGUGCCGGCUGACCGGCUCGUUGUUCUUCAUCAACACCUACUGCUCUGUCCUCUUUCUUGGAGCCAUCAGCGUCAACAGAUACUGGGCAGUGACCCGGCCUCUGGAUGCAGCCUCUUCAGACCACAGACGCCGUGGGAUCAUUGUGUCUGUUGUCAUCUGGGUGACGACCACGUCAAUGGCUAUACCAUCUCUGGCCUCUUCAGGGACCAACACCGACUUAAACAUCACUCACUGUUUUGAAGGAUACCAAAACCAAACUGAUUUUGAGAAGAAAACAGUGGCUGCCACUCAUUUUGCCAUAAUUGCAAUAUUCAUUGUGGUCUUUUUUCUUGUGGUGGUGUGUAACUUCCUGAUUGCACGGGUACUUCUUUCUCAAAACCUUUCUCCGUCAGAGUUCAGAUCUGCAACAAUGGCAUCUAAGAGGUCCAAUGGUGUGUCUUCUUCAUUUAGAAAGCCUAGAGGGGUAAAACGGAGAGCUCUGCAGAUGUUGCUGGCUGUGGUUGGAGUGUUUGUUCUGUGUUUCCUGCCUCACCAUGUCAUUCAAGGCCCCUGGACACUGGCAGUGCUGCAGAUCACAGAGGGCUGGGGCCACGUGGAGUGGGACCAGAAGACUCGUCAGGGGCUCAAUGACGCACAUCAGAUUACCUUGUUUCUUAUGGGCCUCAACUGCAUUCUGGAUCCUGUGGUUUAUUGUUUUGCCACUAGGAAGUUUAGAAGGUUCAUAAUGGCUCAUUUUAAGAGGAUAGGAAAGGGAGAGGGGUGUUCACACACAGCCGCCUCACAGCUCUCUUUGGACAGCAGGAAUCAGAGCCAGAGACUCCCGAAUGAGCUACAACAGCCUGAAACGUAACAAAGAUGAUACAACAUAAAAACAUUCAUUGUUAGAGGCUCCACGCCCUUUGUCUCUUUUUAUGAAAGUCAAGUGUUUUCUCACUGUAUUGAAAUUUGAUAUGAUUGUACUGCGGGACCUGUGGUUGGAAUUGCGCCACUCCUUCUGCUCUUCCUGUGUAAAACUUGAGCUGAAAAGCAGAAGUUUUGCAAGCAGAAGUACAUUUACAAAGGUAAUGAAAUCAGUAGGAGGACACUCUAUAGGUCACUGUAAUGACCUCAUGAGAAACAACACACAUCAUCUUAAUCCUCCCAAAGGUGCUCUUCUGCACAAAGCAGGGCAGUGCAGAAUCCAGAAGUGAUUCACACACCCUCACACAAAGCUGGGACAUUUCUUUUAGGUUGUUUGGAGUGGAGCUUUUCAGUAGAUCAUACACUCAGUGGGCAAACUCACAGUGUCUGACAGUACAUCAGUAAAAUGUGUGAUAAUGAGACUGCCUCCCAUCAGAUAAGUCACAUGUGUUUUUUUUCUUUUUCAACUUCUGCAUAGACAAGUUAUAUCCGGUGUUGUGAAACCGGGGAAUAGAUGUAAUAAAGUUUGAGCUACGUUCUCGCACUGGCAUCCAA